AUGAAUAAUCGCCAACCACCAUCUGCUUUAUUUCAGCUGAAAAUUUUUAAAAUACAGUCAGAUGUUCAUGAAGAGACAACUGUUGGAAGUAUAUUUAAUUCAUAUAAAUUUGUACUUUUUUAUCUUUUAAAAAGUAGUGAUCGAUUGCAUCUUGAUUUAAAUAUACUUAUUCCACAACUUAUUUCAAAUAGAAUUAAUGAGGAAAAAAAUGCUGAUAAGAAUAGUAAAACGUCGUCAAAAUUGAAACAAUUCUUUAGUUUAAAGAAAAAGAAAAUUAAAAAGGAGGAAACAGAAGGUAUAUCAUAUGUAGGAGAAAAUGUAGUAAUUUUAUUUGAUAUUGACAAUAACUCUAAUUGUGAUUACACAAAUCUCCUAAAUUCAAUAAAUAUCCCAUCUAAUCAGAAAGAUUUAUGGUACAGAUUGAACAUUGAUUCCCCAUCUUUUCUAGGGAAAUUUUUACGAACACUUCAUUAUAGUAAAAUUCCUUUACUUACAUUAAUUGAAACUGAAUCAAAGAAGAUUAUGACAUAUGAAGCUAAACGUUGGUUAAUGGAAGAUCCAUGUGGAGCUAAUUAUCCAUGGUUUGAUGAACCAUUGUCAUCAAUAUUUAAAGGUAAACUGUAUAAAAAAGAUGAAGAUGGUAAUGAAAAAAAUAAAAUUGAAGUUGAUUAUUCAACAAUUUCUUCAACUGUUAAAGCUCUUAUAUUUGGAGCAAAUUGGGCACCUCCAUGUAAAAAUCUUGUUAAACAACUAAUACCAAUUUAUAAACAAAUGAAAACAUCUAAAAUAAAUAUUGAAUUUAUCUUUUGUAGUAGUGAUUUAAGUGAAAGCUCUUACAAAGCGUUUUAUAGCCAAAUGCCAUGGUAUGCUUUUCCUUAUGAUAAAGUUAGAUUGGGAAAUUUAUCAAAAACCAUAGGCAUAUCAGAUAUACCUGCAAUUGUUAUAGUUGAUGAAAAUGAUAAAAUUAUAACAAAACAUGGAAAAAGUUGUCUUUUAUAUGAUCAAUUUGGUAAAAACUUUCCAUGGAAUAGAAAACCAAUGUAUGAGUUAAAUGAAGCUACAGCAUCAAGAUUAAAUGAUGGUUUAUCAUUAGUACUAUUUACGGAAGGAACACCAGAAGACGUCAAAUUUUCUGUUGAAAUUCUUAAACCAAUUAGUGAAGAGUAUUCAAUAGUUAAAGAAAAUAAUUCAAAUUCUGAUGAAGAUAAAUUAAAUAAUACAGGUGUAACAAAAAGUACUUCACUAGCUUCAAUGGAUAGUAUUAUGACUAUUCAAGAUAAUAUACAAAUUUUUUAUACUGGUGAAGAUCCUAUUUGUGAUCAUAUAAUGGAUAAUCUAGGACUUGGUGAUGCGGAACUUCCUUUGAUAGCGAUAAUUGACAUUCUUUCUGGAACAUUAGCUUUAUGUGACAAUCCGGAUGUCUCAGGAGACAUCAUAUCACAAUUUAUACUAGAUUAUAAAAAUGAUAAAGUACCUUUGAUAAAUCUACCUUCAUCAAAAACUGAAAAGACACAAAAAGUUGGGGGCAUUCCCAUGAAAGUUAUUGAACAAGCUUUAGAUAAAACAAUGGUUCAAGAAACAUCAUAA